CGAUCAUCAACGCGUACGAUUUAGAGAGAGAAAGUGACCAAAUUCGAAAGGACUCGCAACAAAACACGCUCACCGAAAGUCUAUCUUCACUUUACACAUCUUCUGCAUCGGAGCCCUAGAUUUUCUCUCUCGCUCUCGUUACAUCUCCUCCUGAAAACAUGGCAAACGCGGCAUCAGGAAUGGCUGUGCAUGAUGACUGUAAAUUGAAGUUCUUGGAAUUGAAGGCGAAAAGAACUUAUCGGUUCAUAAUUUUCAAGAUUGAAGAGAAGCAAAAGCAAGUUAUUGUGGAAAAGCUUGGUGAACCUACUGAAAGUUAUGAGGAUUUUACUGCAAGUCUCCCCGCUGAUGAGUGCCGAUAUGCUAUCUAUGACUUCGAUUUCAUGACACAGGAAAAUGUCCCGAAGAGCAGGAUUUUCUUUAUUGCAUGGUCCCCUGACACAUCAAGAGUGAGAAGCAAGAUGAUUUAUGCAAGCUCCAAGGACAGGUUCAAGAGAGAGCUAGAUGGUAUUCAGAUAGAGUUGCAAGCAACUGAUCCUACCGAGAUGGGCAUUGAUGUCAUUAAAAGCCGAGCUGCCUGAAUUUGAAUUACCGUUCGGCGUUCACGCAAAAUGAAGUGUUCUCCCAUCCAAUCUGCAUUGCUUAUGAUGAAUGUUUAUAGUUCAUGGAACGUAGAAGUUGCUUAGAUAUGAUAUUGGCUUGUUGUUCAACUUUACUUUGUGUAUUGUCUUCCUCAAUAUGUUUUUACCGAUUUCAAGUAUGCAUUUUGCUGGUUGUUUAUGGAUUAUGGGGUAUUCCCUUUUGAUGUUAUAUUGACAAACUUAUAUGCGAUGGCUAGUGGGGAUGGGUAUUAUUUUUCA